AUGUGCCUGAAAAUGGACGACUUAAUGCACCGCAUGCUCGAGAUGCCGGCGGUCGACAACGGAGCAUCGCUGAGCACCUCGCCGGCUGUUCUAAGUCUGCUGAGCUCCCGAAGGCACAUCCACAUCUAUGGCGCACGCAUCACGAUCGACGAGCUUCUCCAUCUCGGAAGCUUGAUCCACUCAUAUUACCAUCGACCCCCCAACGGCGUUUCUCGUGGUCCUGGUGCGGUAAUUGUCGUUGAUGACGUUGCCGAUGCCUUUUCGAAGGUGACAGCACUCGCGGCCCAUGUCACCAACGAGCGCCCGGCGAACACAAGCAACGCUAUCUACUGCUUCUCACGCAUCGCCAUCGUCCGCGGCCCCAAGCCGCCCAACUUCUGCACCAAUGCUGCGGCCUACAACAACUCUCUCGGCGCCGCCGCCUCUGCCCUUCGCAAAACUUUGGAGCACUUCGCACAGCUCUUCUCGACCAACCGUGCGAUCUGGCACUCGCACCAGGAUCCUUCUUUGCUUCUGCACAUGAUCAAUACCAGCCCCAAUGGCUCUCCGCCGAUCGACGCUGUUUCAGUCUUCUCUGCCCUGCUGUUCACGGGCGCUUCCACAUCUAACGGCACCAAGACGCCUGGUGCUAUUACGUUGGCCGACCCGCGCUCUGGUUACGGACUCUCCAACGUCUGGUCUCUUCUCAUCACGGCGACUACACGCGCACACAACGGCAGAGGCAUUCCCAUUGUCUUCUAUAGUAAUUGCUCUAUGCGCGUCUACCUGCAAGCGUACAGCACUCAGCAUCUGGCCGGCAUUCCAGAUCUCUUUCCCGUGAUGCUUCCCGAGGCUGUUUGGAAGCCUGUCUUUGGUCAGGUUAUGGACCAAUUACUCGUAGCAGCAUUUAGGCUGCUUGCCGGAGGAGAUCUGACAGCCGCAAGCCCGAAGCGCGUCGGAAAAACGGUCGUAGAUGAGGUCAAGAGGCGCCUCAAUGCACAGGUGGCCAAGGGCUGGGCGAAGCUCUGCAUAGACCCACGUUCGUACGGCGAGGCAGAGAUCAUGAGGACCGUACGGGGAGCGCUCCCAAAUGGCGGCGCCCCCAACACCCCCCUCUUCACCCUCGAGGCCCUGAAGACGACCAUCCGCAAGCCUACGCCCAUGAGCCCUGCCACCGCGCUGUCCCGCCCGGCCAUCGGCCCCCACAGCGCCUCAUCCCCUUCGCUCUGGGCCAUCCGCGCCAGCAUCGCUCCGCGCUCUGCCCCCCUUCCCGCCAACACCCCCGCAUCCAGCAUGGCCCUCACCAUCGCCCGCAGCGGCACCACGCACAUCCUCUGCACGCCGCCCUCAGCCACGCGCACCAGCAGCAGCGCCACCAGCAACGGCCUCCUCCUGGCCACAUCCAACACCACCAUCCCCACCAGCGGCGACGACCACCGCCACCCGCGCGCCGUGCAGCAGGACGUCGGCACGCGCUGGGCGGGCUACGUCAGCGCCGUGCGCCACCGGACGACGUCCACCAACAGCAGCGGCUUCAAGGCCACGGGCAACGGAUUCGGCGUCAGCGUGCAGACGGCGCGCGUGUGGAUGGCCGUGGUGCCGGGCGUGUUUGCCGCGGCGGUGGAGCAGUGGGGCAGGGCGGUUGUGGGGAGGAUGCCGGCGGGAGAGCAGGCGGCGGCGGCGAGGAGGUUGGAGGAGGAGGUCAAGGCGGUGCUGAAGGAGGCGAGGGAGGGCAAGGUGACGGAGAUGUGCAGGGGUGUUUUGGGUGGUUGA